AUGACCUCUACUCUAGGUCCACCGCCGCCAUACUACGAGAACAGGGGCUUCCAGCCAGAGCCCCCCUACGCUGCCAGGCCGGCAGCAGGUGCUCACCCCUACCCACAGCUCUUCUCCACAAACCCGCCCUCCGUGCCAAGCUACAUCCCAAGGGUUGCCACCCACCAGUCCAGCAGGCCAGCAGCACCCCCACCCAGGAGAACCUGUGCAGCCAGUCUAAGGAAAACCAUAAUAAUUAUAUUAUCUAUAUUAAUAGUCAUUUGUUGUGCAAUUGCUGCUUUCUUCAUCUGGUAUUUUGUAGAGAACCACUGUCUCAGCUCCCUGAUUGAGUGUGGCUCCUCAGGGGUGUGCAUGUCCCCCUCCCAGUGGUGCGAUGGAGUGAGCGACUGCCCCAACGGGGAGGACGAGACCCGCUGUGUUAGACUUUUUGGACCAAAUUUUAUCCUGGAAGUUUAUUCACCUGUCAGCAAAUCCUGGUAUCCUGUUUGCCAUGAUGACUGGAAUGAUGAUUAUGGGAAGAUUGCAUGCAAAGACAUGGGCUACAGCGUGGAUACAUAUUUCUACAGUCGUGGGGUACCUGACGUCAGCUUUAAGAGCUACAUGAAGCUGAACACAAGUGCUGGGAAUAUAGACUUGUACAAAAAGCUGUACAGCAGUGGUUCCUGUGCCUCAGGAAGUGUGGUUUCUCUGCGCUGCAUAGAGUGUGGCCUGUCCAGCAAGAGCGCGAGCAUCAUGAACAGGAUCGUGGGGGGCAGCGGGGCCGUGCUGGGGCAGUGGCCGUGGCAGGUCAGCCUGCACGUGCAGGGCACCCACGUCUGCGGGGGCUCCAUCAUCACCCCACAGUGGCUUGUGACAGCAGCACACUGUGUGGAAGGGCGACUGUCUGACCCACACAGCUGGAGGGUUUAUGCUGGGAUUCUCAAUCAGGAUGAGAUGCUCUUCAGAAGUGGAUACAAAGUGCAACUGAUAAUUUCCCACCCAGAUUAUGACACAGACUCUAAAGACAAUGAUGUUGCCCUCAUGAAGCUGGAAACACCACUGAGUUUUACUGAAACUGUGAGGCCAGUUUGUCUGCCCAAUCCAGGAAUGAUGUUCCAGCCUAACCAGCAGUGCUGGAUAUCAGGGUGGGGAGCAGAAUACCAAGGAGGUAAAACAUCAAAUAACUUGAAUUACGUUGCGGUGCCCCUCAUAGAACGUUCCAGGUGUAAUUCUGUUUAUAUCUACAAUGGCAUGAUUCUGCCUACAAUGAUCUGUGCUGGAGACCUAGCAGGGGGAAUUGAUUCCUGUCAGGGUGACAGUGGAGGUCCUCUGGUGACUCACCACCACUCUGUGUGGUGGCUGGUUGGGGACACCAGCUGGGGCACUGGCUGUGCCACUCCCAACAAACCUGGAGUGUAUGGGAAUAUGACUGUGUUUACAGACUGGAUUUAUAAAAAUAUGCAGGCAAACAGAUGA